AUGAUGAGUAACCUGCGAAGCAGUGAGUCGUCUUGUUACAGCACCACCUUCUCGGAAUCGACCUACGAGAGCCAUGGAAGCGAGGAGCCAAUAUCUUACGGUAAGGUUGUUGCAAAAAGUUCCGUUUUUUCCUUUUAUUCUAGCUGAAUUUAUACUACUAGGCGGGCCAAAAAGUCUUGACAUGUUUUCGCACCGUGCGGGCGCAUGAAUUCGGUGUCGCGACGAGGUGUCGCGCGAUAAAAAUUUGGCGGGGUGCGAAUGAAGAACGCACUGUGCGUUGUUUACCCUUUUUCAAAACAAUCUUUUUGCACUGUGCGGUGUCGCAUUGCACCGUAAAUUUUUCUUGUCGCCGCGCGACAAAUUUCAUGCACGACGGCGCACUGCACGGCAACCCAGGGAGUCUCCCGCCUCGUUUCGGCGCUUCGCCCACCUAGUAUCGGUUGAAUUCAAACGAAAUGUCAAAAAUGAAUUUUCGUGUGGUUUUCCGACCGAAAAAUAUUUUUCUCGGAAUUAUUUUAUUUCUUUUGUGAAUUUUGACACUUCGUUUGGACGAAAUUCAAAAGUGGGCGGGAGACAUUUUUGUUCUAUUUUGGGUUGCCGUGCACUGUGUAGACCGGAGUUGGACGAUUGGGGAAAAAGACGAUUGGGGAAAAGUACGAUUGGGGAAACCGAAAAGUAUUAUUUUCUUCGAUGCAAAUGUCGAAAUUAGGAUAAUCGAGGGUGCUGAUUUCGAAAAUGACAUUCAUUUUUUUUGAUUGUAACUUUUUUUCUUAAGUAGUACUGUAAAGUAGUAAUUUUUUGAAUUUUUAUCAUAAAUACUCGAUUUAGGGGUUUUCGAGGGUGCUGAUUUCGAAAAUCGUGUUAGCUUUCUUCUUUAUAGUACUAUCUGGUACUAUAUAGUACGAGGUGAAAAUAUGGCUUUUGGCGUUAAUGGUGUUGUUUUGAUGCUUGGUACUCCUCAAAAACACGUUUUAAAUAAUUGGUACUGUUUAGUACUGUCUGGUACUAUGUAGGACAAGGUAAAAAUGUGGCCUUUAGGGGUUAAUGGUGUUGUUCUGUUCCUUAGUACUCCUAUUUUCACCUUGUACUAAAUAGCACCAGACAGUACUAAACAGUACCAGUUAUUUAAAACGUGUUUUUGAGGAGUACCAAGCAUCAAAACAACACCAUUAACGCCAAAAGCCAUAUUUUCACCUCGUACUAUAUAGUACCAGAUAGUACUAUAAAGAAGAAAGCUAACAUGAUUUUCGAAAUCAGCACCCUCGAAAACCCCUAAAUCAAGUAUUUAUGAUAAAUAUUCAAAAAAUUACUACUUUACAGUACUACUUAAGAAAAAAAGUAACAAUCAAAAAAAUGAAUGUGAUUUUUGAAAUCAGCACCCUCGAUUAUCCUAAUUUCGACAUUUGCACCGAAGAAAAUAAUACUUUUCGGUUUCCCCAAUCGUACUUUUCCCCAAUCGUCUUUUUCCCCAAUCGUCCCAGUUCCUGUGUAGACAUGUCAAGACUUUUUGGUCCGCCUAGGAUUUUUUUGACUGAUUUUUUAUCUCGUUUUGUAGAUUCCGAACUGACUUCGGAUGAGAUCCAGCUGAAAGGCAAGGAGAAGAGCGAAUUGGCUGCUGAAAAAUUGCAGAAUCUCAAGAUUACUGUCCCGUAAGUGCCCAGUGCAAUAUAAAAGUUUGUGAAUUUAUGCUAAGUUUUGGAAAAUUUUAUCCUUUUCUGGUAUUGUAGGAUAAAUUAGGCGGUUUUAUUUCAUUCACGAUCUCUUGGUACACCAAGGGCAGAGUUUUCAUAGAUUAAUGUAAGCUGAAGCAUUAUUUUAGGUAAUAAAGUUCAGAUUUCAUAAUUUUCGCCAAUAAUUUCUCGUAUUUUAGCGAACAGAAUCCUCAGACCGCUCAGAUUCUGCGCAAAUAUUUCCUCGGAUUUUGCACUCCGUCCAGAGCUGAAUCUUUGGUCCGUGAAAAUAGCGACUUCCGCCUUUAUAUGAGAAACUCCGCUGAUCUGACUGGAUUAAAGGAUUGGGACUUUCCUGAAAUUGCUGACAAGAUCCAACUCACCAUGAUUCAUCGCCAUUUCAAUGGAGUGUACAGGUGAGGAGACAAAAUUUUCGAAAUUAGUACAACUUUAGUCAUGGAUAAUAUAAAAAGUUGCUGGAAAUGAGCUAAGAUUGACUUUAUUUGACAUUUUUGACUCGCUAAGAUAUUCGAAACUUAUUUGCCGACAUUUUCCACCUUUUAGAACAGAAUGCCAAAAAUGGCGGGAAAUUUUUAAUUCAAAAAUUUUUGACUUGAUUUGGUGACUUUCAGCCAUUAUCCGAUCGAACAAGCGGAUGUAAAUGGUAACAAGCGAUUCUACGUCGAUUAUGGAGGCCAAAUUGAUCAAGUUUUCCCAACGAUCUUGUCCCUGAUCAAGUUUUAUAAAGCCAAUUACAUCCUGGCCAGGGAUUUCUGCGAUGUUUUCCCCAAGCCCGAACAGCUCAGUUCUGUCUCCAGCAGCGAAUAG